CCAACCGACGAGCAGUUGUACCGUUGGGCUUCGCAAGCCGCCAAAGCCCUCGAGUUCUCGCAUUCUGUCGGAGCGUACAAUUCGGACAUUCACAGCAUCAACUUCUUCCUCGAUGGAGAGUUAAAUCUGAAGGUCGGGGACUGGGCCGGAGCUUCAAUCGACGGAAGUGUUUCGCACUCUUCAUACCGGCUGCGAUACAGACAGUGCGAUAAGGACGGCGGCGAUGUUCCGAGACGCACUGGGAUCACUGCGAGCACAGAGAUCUUUGCUCUUGGAAUGGUACUGUACAACAUGGUGGUUGGAGAAGAGCCGUGGCCUGAGCUGCGAGAACCUGAAGAUGCAGCUGAGAUUAAAAAAAGAAUCGGCGACAAGGACUUUCCGGAUACAGCGAAGUUGCCGGUGCUCGGAAUGGUCAGUUCGAAAUGCUGGCUUGUCGAGUUUGGCUCAAUGACGGAGGUCAGAUGUGCCAUCGAA